AUGGCAAUAGUUUUUAAAGUGAAUGGACAAGAGUGCAAGAUUGUGGAUGGAGAAGUUUCCCCGGACACGUCGCUCAACACUUAUUUAAGGACUCGGCUCUGUCUCACAGGAACGAAGUUUAUGUGUCAGGAAGGUGGCUGUGGAUGCUGCAUCGUUACAAUCCAGGGAUUGCAACCUGUUACCCAAGAACCAUUUACAUUGGCUAUCAAUUCAUGCCUCUUCCUUGUUCUAUCGUGCCAUGGCCUCAGUGUUACUACCAUCGAAGGUCUAGGGAGCAAGAAGAAGGGUUAUCAUGCGAUCCAAGAGCGUUUGGCAAACUUCGAUGGCAGUCAAUGUGGCUACUGUUCCCCUGGGUUCGUCAUGAAUAUGUUCAGUCUCUAUACUGGGAAGUACGGGAAUGUCAGUGCUGAAGAAGUUGAGGAUUCCUUUGGUGGGAAUAUCUGCCGAUGCACAGGCUACCGUCCAAUCUUAGAUGCAUUUAAGUCCUUCGCGACGAACUCUGAGCAAAAUCUUGAGAGUCUUUGUGAUGAUAUCGAGGAUCUUACCCUGAAGAACUGCCCGAAAAGUGGGAAGGCUUGUGCUGGAAGAUGUCGUAGUUCCUUCCAUAUCCAAGCAACAGAAAAUGCCCUAUGGUACAAGGUUUACACCUUAGCUCAGGUCCUGCAAAUUCUGAAUACUAUUGGAAGUCAAAAGUACAGAUUGGUUGCAGGAAAUACUGCUCAUGGUAUUUACAGAAUCCCCUAUGACAUUGAGGUCUUCAUUGACGUAUCAUCGGUGACCGAAUUAAGAGAACAUUCCAUAGGAAAUACGAUAAUCUUAGGAGGAAAUAUAACCAUUACGGAAUGGAUGGCUAUCCUUCUGGAGGCUGCUGAUCGCAUGUCUGGCUUCAGUUAUUGUCGACUAGUCAGAGAUCAUCUCAAUCGGAUUGCAACAGUUCCUGUGAGAAAUGUUGGCACAAUCGCUGGCAAUUUGAUGAUCAAGCACGAUCACAAUGAAUUCAUCUCAGAUAUAUUCCUUCUGCUUGAGGUUGUAGGAGCUACAAUUACAAUAACUGAUACGAAUGGGGUGCAGCAGACUGUAUCACCUGAGGACUUCUUAAAUGUGGAUAUGGAUAAGAAGGUGAUCACAAGGAUUACAAUGCCUCAAUUAGCUCCUGAUCGAUUCCGCUUGAGAUCGUAUAAGAUAACAGACAGGGCUCAGAAUGCCAUUACUUACAUGAAUGCAGGAUUUCUCUUGGAGAUCUUCCCAGGAUCGGGUCGUGUUGUAUCUUCUAAGAUUGUUUAUGGUGGGGUCAAUAAGAAUUUCAUUCACGCGACUUCUGUGGAGAAAUUCAUCAACGCUAAGGAUCUCUUCAACAACGUAACAAUUCAAUCAGUAGUUGAAAUCAUCGAUUCUGACUUUAUCUUCGAUGAUUCCCUUCCCAAUUCAUCAGUAGAAUUUCGUCGACACCUCGCAAAAGGAUUAUUUUACAAGGCAGUCCUCAACCUGGCCCCGAGGACACUCAUAAAACCUAGUUUCCAGAGUGGAUCGAAUCUUAUUUCUAGACCCCUUUCAUCAGGAAAACAGGAUUACCCGCACAAUCCAAACUUAUAUCCCUUAACCCAGCCAAUCAUGAAGAUAGAAGCUAUGAUUCAGUGCAGUGGAGAAGCUGAAUAUGUGAAUGAUAUUUAUGUGCAUGAUAGCCUCUGGGCAACCUUUGUUUUGGCUAAAGAGCCUCUUAAAACAAUAAUGAGUAUUGAUCCAAGUGAGGCUCUUGCUGUUAAAGGAGUUAAAGCAUUCUACAGUGCCAAAGACAUUCCAGGAGUAAAUUCUUUCGUUUCUCAGAAAAAUCCAACCUUCCCUACUUAUCUAGAACCAGAAGAAGUUUUCUGCAGUGGAAAGGUCCUCUAUCAUAGUCAGCCCGUAGGGGUCAUUGUUGCUGAAGAAAUGUCUCAAGCAGUGUAUGCCGCAGACCUGGUAAAAGUUCAAUACGAAAGUGAAGAAAAAGUUGAGGGCUCUCUUGCUUCUUUGCUUAAGUACUUCAAAGGUAAUCCUAUUGCAAAAGACAAGGUUCUUCCUACUCUUGAGGAUGUCCUUAGAGAAGAUCGCGAACUUACUAAGCAUAGGUUUCAAUCACCCAUUGUGAUAAAGAAGGGUUCUAAUCAGAACAUCGGACAGGCAGAAAACAACAUUAAGGGUCAUUUAUUCUGUGGUCCCCAGUACCAUUAUCAUAUGGAAACUCAACAAACAAUCGCUAUUCCGGCUGAAGAUGGAAUGGACCUCUAUCCGAGUUCUCAGUGGAUGGAUUUCACUAAUCUAGGAGUUGCUCAAGUUUUAGGUGUUCAAAAUAAUGCACUAAAUAUUCGGAUUCGUCGUAUUGGAGGAGGCUUUGGUGCUAAAAUCAGUCGAAGUGGUCAUAUUUCUGCAGCUGCUGCUGUUGCUUGCCAUCACCUCAAUCGUCCCAUACGGAUGGUACUACCAAUGGAAACAAACAUGCGCGCUAUAGGGAAACGUACCCCUGCUUAUGCAGAGUACGACGUAGAUUUUACCAAUCAAGGAGUUAUCAUUAAGGCACAUUGCGACAUUACCCACGAUAUGGGAUCAUCCACAAAUGAUUCGAUGGAUUUUUACUCAUCCUUAUUCAAUACCAAUGCAUAUUUGACUACAGGUUGGACUGUUGUCUACAACUAUGUCGUCACAGACGCUCCUUCUAACACCUGGAUGCGAGCUCCUGGAAGUACUGAAGUGAUUGCCAGUGCAGAAACGAUUAUGGAACACAUAUCAUGGACGCUAAAGAUGGAUUCGGUUGAGGUUCGUUUGGCCAACAUGGAUCCUGAAAAUCCAAUUAGGAAGAUCUUCACAGACUUCCUUGUGUCAUGUGACUACUAUAAGAGGCUUGAGGAAGUCAAUCAAUUCAACAGUGUCAAUCGAUGGAAAAAGCGAGGAAUAGCUAUAUCUCUAAUGCAAUUCCCGUUGGUGUUUGCUUAUGCGUUUGAAACCCUCGUGUCAAUCUACCAUGGAGACGGAAGCGUUGCAAUAAUUCUUGGUGGUAUAGAAAUGGGUCAAGGUCUCUACACGAAGUGUGCACAAAUUGCAGCGUCAAUUCUGGGCGUUCCCAUUGAAAUGGUGAAAAUUAAAACAGCUAAUAAUGUCGUGAGUGCUAACUCAUACGUAUCUGCUGGAGAUAUGGGCACUGAUUGCCUAGGAAUCACAGUCAGGGUUUGCUGCGAAAAGCUAAAUGCCCGCUUAGCUCCGUUCCGAGAACAAAAUCCUAAUGGAUCGUGGGAAGAUGUAGUUCAAGCAGCUUUUCUUGCUGACGCCGAUCUCGUGGCUACUCAUCAAUUUACUCCAGAUCAGAUACAGUCCUACAUAAUUUACGGUGUCUCUUGUGCAGAAAUUGAGAUUGACGUUCUUACUGGAGACUUCCAGCUACGUCGAGUAGAUAUUGUGGAAGACGUUGGUCAGAGUAUUAGUCCUAGAGUAGAUGUAGGUCAGAUAGAAGGAGCCUUUAUCAUGGGCGUUGGCUACUGGCUCCAUGAGAAACUUGUAUACAAUCGCGAAACUGGGGAACUGCUUACUGACCGUGCCUGGAACUACAAACCUCCAGGCGCUAAGGAUAUCCCCGUGGACUUUCGAGUAACGCUUCUGCAAACAUCUACGCCGGCAGGUAUUCUUGGAUCCAAGGCAUGUAGCGAACCAGCUCUGUCUAUGGCUGUUGUUGUAGUAUCUGCCCUAAGAAAAGCCCUCGAGUCUGCUAGAAAGGAUGCCGGUGCUCCAGAUAUCUUCCUAACUCUGAACGCUUCUACUACGAAGGAAGAUAUUCUUAUUCUUGCAGGAACUACAAACGAACACUUUGUUCUUUAA